AUGCAGUACCCGCACCCCGGGCCCGGGCCGGGGCCGGCGCCGGCGGGGGUGCCGCUGUACGCGCCCACGCCGCUGCUGCAGCCGGCGCACCCGACGCCCUUCUACAUCGAGGACAUCCUGGGCCGCGGGCCCGCCGCGCCCACGCCCGCCCCCACGCUGCCGUCCCCCAACUCCUCCUUCACUAGCCUCGUGUCCUCCUACCGGACCCCGGUGUACGAGCCCACGCCGAUCCACCCCGCCUUCUCGCACCACUCGGCCGCCGCGCUGGCCGCCGCCUACGGACCCGGCGGCUUCGCGGGCCCUCUGUACCCCUUCCCGCGGACGGUGAACGACUACACGCACGCCCUGCUCCGCCACGACCCCCUGGGUAAGCCCCUGCUCUGGAGCCCCUUCUUGCAGAGGCCGCUGCAUAAAAGGAAAGGCGGCCAGGUGAGGUUCUCCAAUGACCAGACCAUUGAGCUGGAGAAGAAGUUCGAGACCCAGAAAUACCUCUCCCCGCCCGAAAGGAAGCGACUGGCCAAGAUGUUGCAGCUUAGUGAGAGACAGGUCAAAACCUGGUUUCAGAAUCGACGCGCUAAAUGGAGAAGACUAAAGCAGGAGAACCCUCAAAACAAUAAAAAAGAACUGGAAAACUUGGACAAUCCCUGUGACCAGAGGCAAGACUUGCCCAGUGAACAGAAUAAAGGUGCUUCUUUGGAUAGCUCUCAAUGUUCACCCUCCCCUGCCUCCCAGGAAGACCUUGAAUCAGAGAUUUCAGAGGAUUCUGAUCAGGAAGUGGACAUUGAAGGCGAUAAAGGCUAUUUUAACGCUGGAUGA